AGAGGGAGGGAAGCAGUUUGUGAAUUUCAGUUCCCUUGGAGUCUGUGAAAAAGGAGAGAACCAGUCUUAGAAAGCUGAACCGCACAGAUUCCCUAUCUUUCUUAUCAUAACCGGAGUUAGUGGAUAUACAAGGAGUAAAGGCUGAAGAUAUACGUGUCUUACAGGAUGUCUUAUAUACAUGUUCUCAGGUAGAAAAAGUGGUAGCUAGCGAGCUAGCAGGCUAAUACCGAAGAGUGGUGAGGAGCGGGCCCGCCUGCUGAAGUAGCUAGCUGUAGGAACUGCGGAGCUGUAGCUAGCUAACCAGCUAGCCUGUUAUCUGCGACAGCGGCCUGCUGACAACUCCGGACCCAGGACACAAUUUUGCAGAGCAGGCCGGCUUUGACGGAUCAGAGGAGAGGGAAAAAGCUGUCAGCAGGAAACGGAUCGAUUUGACAGGACCUGGAUCUCCAAAGUUCGCAAGGUUUGAUCUUGUAUUUCUUUUUUUUGACAAGUCAGAAAAUGCAACAGGAGAGAAGAGGGAAAGAGAUGACGUAGCUACAAUCUUCUCGCUAACAGUUUAAAACUGUGAAAUUAUAUUUUAGGUCAGCAUUUUCGUGCUACUCGGAAAAGCCUGUCCGCGUAUAACAGAAGAGAUAUACCAUAGCUUUUCAAAAUGUCUAAAAUGCCGGCGAAAAAGAAGAGCUGUUUCCAGAUCACUAGUGUGACACAGGCUCAGGUAGCGGCAAGCAGCAUCACUGACGACACCGAGAGUCUGGACGAUCCAGACGAAUCACGGACCGAGGACGUGUCAUCGGAAAUAUUCGAUGUGUCCCGGGCUGAUUUUGAACCGGAGGUGUGUGACAUUAGUUCAUCAGAAGAAACCUUAAAUAAUGUAGGUGAGACGGAGACUCACAUACCUCAAGAUGGGCAGCUACCGACAGUAUCAGGUCCUCCGAACGGGGGCUUUGCGUUUAGAAACGUAGGGGUGGCAGGUGUAGUUGUCAAUCAGCAAGUUUUGGGAGCCGCAGUUCCAACGGGCCAGCUCCCUACCGCCGUGGCCGGAGUCGUGCAGCACCCAGCGCUGGUAGCAGCUGGUGGGGUUAGUAAUGCGUCAGUGAGCGCGCCCCAGCCCACCCCAGCCGCCAGCUCGGUUAGUUCAACAACGACCUCUACAACAAGUUGCAGUUCACGUUUCAGGGUCAUCAAACUUGAUCACGGUACAGGGGAGCCCUUCAGAAGAGGCAGGUGGACUUGCAUGGAGUUCUAUGAGCGAGACUCUGAAGGCUCGGUCAUCACCAGGACUGUGGAUAGCAUUCGACACGCCAACGCCUUGGACCACAGCAUGGACCGGGACAGCGGGCUUGGGGCCACGGGGGGCUCUGCGGUUCCCACCACGCUCUCCGGCCCGGGUCCCGACCCCGUGGCCUCGGACUGCGCUUUCGUGAGCGGCCAGCAGCUCCACCCUGAGCCCCAGCCGCAGAGUUACAGCGGGGGGCCUCAAACUGUUGGCGGAGCCUUCCAGCAGGCCGGGUACCCCCUCGUCCCCGGCAGCAUAGCAGUACCCGUUCAGGCCCAAGGCGGCAUUCAGCCAAUGGCACCCCAGAGCCUCGUGCCCCCCGGGACUAAUGGCGUGCAGCCGAGCAUGCCCCUGCAGCACGUGCAGAACUCUCCCUGCAUGCCUUCAGCUGGCCAGGCCCAGCAUUUUGGGUACCCUGUCCAGCAGCAGCAGCUUGUCCCUGGUCAGCAGCUGCUUGGCCAGCCCACGCUGGCACCCCCGGGUGCGUUGGAUUACAGGCCGCAGCACCUGCCCGCCCAGACCUUCCCCGUGGGGACGCCGGUCAGCCAGGCCCCAUCUUCGGUCCUGACCCCCGCCCCUGGAACGGCCCUCGGGCCUCAGCCUGGGGAAGGGAUGGGCCCCGCCGGCCCCCAGGGUCUCCUGCAGCAGCCUGGAGGGGUCGGGGGAGGUGGGGCGGCGACCGCUCUAGCCGGGGCCCCGCAGCAGCCCGGCGCCCAGUACCAGCCCCCGGGGCCGUCCAGGGGCCCGCCUGCUUCCCUUGGCCUCCUCACGGCAGUCCCCGGGGUUCUGAGCAUGGGCGCGUUGGGGGCCGGAGCGGGAGGGCCCGCGAUGAACCACGUCCCGUCCCCCACGGCGCAGUCCCCACUGAGCCAGUCUCAGGGGCCCCACACCGGCCUCGAUCAGGGAGAGAGCGUCCGGAGGCUGUCGGACACCCCUCCCCAGCCCUUCCCCGUCCCCGGGAAAGACCUAAUGAAACCGCUGAUCCCAGAAGGCCUUGCGCUGACCGCGCCUACCGUCAACAGCCUGUUUGGAAUACCCAUCACCAUCGACGGGGACGAGGACGGGGCAUCUGGAGCAAGUGUCGUUGCCAUUGACAACAAAAUCGAGCAAGCAAUGGACCUAGUGAAGAGCCACCUGAUGUAUGCAGUGCGGGAGGAGGUGGAGGUGCUGAAGGAGCAGAUCAAAGAACUUUACGAGAGGAACUCUGUCCUGGAGCGGGAGAACGCCGUACUCAAGUCCCUGGCCAACAGUGACCAGCUCUCCCAGCUCUCCAUUCAGCCCAGCAACCCUCCCGGAUCCACGCCCCCCCAGCAACCGGAGGCCCCGCCCCCUCAGCCCAACGUCUCCUCGGCGUGAAUGCAACCCUCGCCGUAGCGACGACGGAGACAAAAAAGAAAAAAACGAGGCGACCAUCCUCGCACUCGAACUGUUAAAGAAAAUAAACAAAGAAGACAAAAAAAUCCAAAAACGAAAAUAGAUCCGUCUGCAUCUCGUCCUGCCGCCCGCUUCGGAAAAAUGUGAAGAGCCGCCGCCGCUUCAGUGAGUGUGUGAGUGUGUGAGUGUGUGAGUGUGUGAGUGUGUGAGUGUGUGACUGUGUGACUGUGUGACUGUGUGACUGUGUGACUGUGUGACUGUGUGACUGUCCGCACGGCGCCUGGCCCUCCCUGAGAUUCAGGCCAUCAUCCUGUGAAGGCAUUCCGUUGGGUCACGCACCUCGACGCCCGGGCAGAGGCGGGGCGGCGGUCUGGGCGGGAGUUCCACGGGGAGCAGCGGGUGUCCGAUUCGGGCCGCUUCUCGUCGCCUCCGACCCCCCCACCCCCACCCCCGGCCUUCCAGCCGGGCGAGGCAGGGGGGCGCAGCUUGCACGGAACACAAGCGAAGGCAGAGGGUGGCGAAUAUGUAGAGGAGGAGGAGGACCUUGCUGUUUCAUGCUGUUGGAAGUGCCAGUCUGUCAGUAGAGCCAUCGCACUUUUGACAUGCGUCCAAUCCAUCAUACAUCAGUUCAGUUUCACUGUUUGUGUUUAUUUAUUACAGGGCUGCUAUUUUCAUAAUGUAAAUGAACAGUGUUCCCGAAUCAGUUAAAUGAGAAUACUUUUUUUUUUUUUUUUUUUUUUUUUUUAAACCUUUGAAAUAUGUAAUUGGUCAUGCAAUGGAUGGGUUGAGUAUUGCAUAAACUAGUUAACUAUAUAGGCAAUAAUAAAGACAAAUUUUGGUGUAGUUCUAACACUAAUGGCAAUUUUACUUUGGGAUUGUUUAUUUAGUUCAGUUCCAGUUUUUGAAUGUACAGUUGUAUAGAGUGUAAAGUAUUAAGAGCAUAGAAACUUUGUACAGGUAAGCAUCAGUUCUUGUGAUAUGAAAUCUUUAAUGAAUAUUUGGUGGGAUAUUUUGAUGAAGAAAACUGUUUGCUUCUGUCACUCGUUUCUUUGUCUGUGAGCGGAGAGGUAAUUGCCAUACUUGCCCCCCCCCCUCCCCCCACCUUUAAAUAGAAAAUAACAAAAAACUUGUGCUUAUUUUUAUAUUUUUUGAGGGAGGGAGUGGGUGGGGGGUGGGGGGGGGAAGAAAAAAGCUGUGAAAUUGUUCAACCUACUUUGUAACCAAAGAUGCAAAGCUGUGUAAUUCAGUUAUUAUUUUGUAAUGCGCACUCUCUUAUGUAUUUUAAUUUGUUUCAUUUUUUUUUUUUUUUUUUUUGUUACUCUCUCCUUCACCACAUUUUUUUUGUUGUUGCUGUUAGCAUGCUUUGCAUGAUCUGUAAUCUUCAAGCCACUCUCUUACCUCAUGGUUUUUAUUUUUUUUAUUUUUAUUUUUUUUACUUCAGCCCUUAUUGUAUCAUAAAGUAGUCUGUGAAAAAUGUCAGAGCGGACGCGCCGAAUGAAGAGCUGGCCGGGAGAUGGAGGAGAGAAGCCCCGGUGCCCCGCGUGCACCGUGGGUGGCGAAAAUGAAGUGAGCCAUCUUUUUGUUCAUUUAAACGGUGUUUUUGAAUUUCAUAUGCAGAUAAAGUUUUGUUACUUUGCAAAUUUUAAUGUAUUUAAUAAAUGCAACGUUCAGAUUCCAAACUAA